AUGUUAUGCCAACAUGACCAGAGUCUUGCCUUGCUUCAAUUCAAGAAAAACUUUUCCAUCACAAGCGAUGCCUCUCCCUGGGAUUUCCCUUACCCCAAGCCUUAUCCAAAGACAGACACUUGGAAAGAGGGUACAGAUUGCUGCUUGUGGGAUGGGGUCACUUGCGACAUAGAAACGGGUAAUGUAAUUGGCCUUGACCUUUCUUCUAGCUUGCUUUAUGGUACCAUCGAUUCUAAUAAUACUCUUUUCUUCCUUCCUCAUCUCCAAAAGCUUGACCUCUCUAAUAAUAAUUUCAACCACUCUCAAAUUGUACCUCAGUUUGGCCAAUUUUUGAAUUUAACAUAUCUUAACCUAAAUUACUCUGUUUUUGAGGGCCAAAUUCCACUAGAAAUUUCUUAUCUUUCUGGUUUGGUUUCGCUUGAUCUUUCUAGGAACAGUUAUUUGAUACUCGAAGCCACUAUUUUUAACCAGCUUGUUCAAAACCUAACCCAGUUACAGGAAUUGGACUUGAGUGGUGUAAACAUGUCUUUGGUUGCACCUAAUUCCUUGAUGAAUUUGUCUUUCUCUUUGACAUCUCUCAAUCUCCGUUCUUGUUCAUUGGAAGGGAAAUUCCCAGAUAUCAGUCAUCUAUUUGAAUUGGUUUCACUUGAUUUUUCUGCAAACUAUGAUUUGAUACUAGAAACCACUUCUUUUAAGAAGCUUGUUCAAAACCUAACCCUGUUACAGGAAUUGGACUUGAGUGGUGUAAACAUGUCUAUAGUUAAACCUAAUUCUUUGAUGAAUCUCUCUUCUUCUUUAUCAUCACUUGCGCUAUCGUCUUGUGAUUUGCAAGGGAAAUUCCCAGACAACAUAAUUCCACCCUCGCUUGGAAGCCUUAAGCGACUCUUUUCAUUGGACCUCUCCUAUAACAAUUUUAAUGGUGAGAUUCCCUCCUCAUUUGAAAACCUUAAACAGCUUCAUACUUUGUAUCUUUGCAACAAGAAUCUCAGUGGUCAAAUUCCAUCCUCACUUGGAAGCCUUAAGGAACUCUCUUCUUUGGACCUCUCCUAUAAUAAUUUUAAGGGUGAUAUUCCCUCCUCAUUUGAAAACCUUAAACAGCUUCAUACUUUGUAUCUUUGCAACAAUAAUAUCAGUGGUCAAAUUCCAUCCUUACUUGGUGGAAGCCUUAAGGAACUCUCUUCAUUGACCUCUCCUAUAAUAAUUUUAAUGCUUAAUAUUUUGUACCUCCACAACAACAAUCUCAGUGAUUCCUCCUCAUUUGAAAACAUUAAACAGCUUGACAGUUUGCACCUCCACAACAACAAUCUAAGUGGUCAAAUUCCAUCCUCACUUGGAAGUCUUAAAGAACUCUCUUCAUUGGAUCUCUCUUACAACAAUUUUAAUGGUCCCAUCCCUUUCCAAGGAAGCAGGCUUCCAAGUCUAGUAUACCUUGAUUUAUCCAAUAACUUGUUACAUGGCCCAAUUCCAAGUUCAGUUUUCAAACUUAUGAACUUGAGUUUUCUCAUUCUUUCAUCCAACAAAUUGAUGGGAGAAGUCUCUUCUGCAGUGUGCAAGCUAAAUUCUCUUGAAAUUCUUGACUUGUCAAACAAUAGUUUGAACGGCUUCAUGCCACAAUGUUUGGGAAAUUUUAGCAACAAUCUUUUAGUAUUGCACUUGGGCAUGAACAAAUUCCAUGGAAACAUCCCUGAAAUGUUUUCAGUACGCAGUAGCUUGAGAUAUUUGAACUUCAAUGGUAAUCAAUUGCAAAGGAGAAUCCCACCUUCCAUCUCCAAUUGUAAAAAUUUGGAAAUUUUAGAUCUUGGAAAUAAUAAUAUAGAUGACUUAUUUCCCCAUUUUCUAGAAAUGCUUCCAAAGUUGCAAGUUCUAGUUCUAAAAUCCAAUAGACUCCAUGGUUUGGUGAAAGGGUCCUCUGCCAAUUAUCCAUUCUCAAAGUUACGAAUUUUUGACCUCUCCAGUAACAUGUUUAGUGGACCUUUACCUGCAGAGUAUUUCAAUAAUUUCAAGGCAAUGAUGAACUUUGAUGUGAAAAUGGAAUACAUGGAGGGUCCAAUCAAUUCUUAUGAUUAUUCUGUGAGUUUGACACUUAAAGGAUUGGAGAUUAAGUUGGUGAAAAUCCAAACAGUUCUUACAACCAUUGAUUUGUCAAGCAAUAAAUUCAUAGGAAAGAUCCCACAGGUGAUUGGAAAGCUUAAAUCACUUAAGCUACUCAAUUUAUCUCACAAUCAACUCACAGGCAAUAUUCAACCAUCAUUAGGGAAUUUGAGCAAUUUGGAAUCAUUAGACCUCUCUUCAAAUCUUCUUGUUGGAAGGAUUCCAAUGCAAUUAACAUAUUUGACAUUUCUGGAAGUAUUUCGGGUUUCACAUAAUCAACUUGAAGGGCCUAUACCUAGAGGAAAGCAGUUCAACACAUUUGACAACACUUCAUAUGAAGGAAAUUUGGGAUUGUGUGGACUUCCACUAGCAAAAUGUGGCAAUGGAGAGAGGCAAAAACCAACAGCAUCAAAGGAAGAUGAUUCCAAGUCUAGAAAUGGAUUUGGGUGGAAUGCUAUAUUGGCAGGGUAUGCAUGUGGAGUAAUAUUUGGAAUUGAAAUGGGAUAUGUUGUGUUUAAAACAAGAAAACCUACAUGGCUUGUGAGGAUGGUUGAAGAUGAAGGGCAUUGAAAGAUAAAAAGAUUUAGCAAUUAAUGUUCAUAAAAGAGAAACUUUGCAAUGUGACGGGUUUUUACAGGUAAUAUAUCGUGAUAUUUCUUGCUUCGCAUAUAAUCUCAGGUUAAUUAGCCUUCCUUUUCUUUCUUUUUAUUUAAAUAUACUUAAUUUGUUUUUUUAGGAAAGAAAAUAUUCUUAUUGUUAAUUAGCACUAUAUUGGAUCUAAUUGCUAUAAGAUUGUAUCAAUUUACCAUGAAUUUCUUACAAUUCUUUUUUUUUUUUUUCUACCUUGUUAGGUAGAUGAAGAAUAACCAAAAAGAUCAGACCAAAUGAAGAUACAGUCUCAGAUACAUACUGCAUAUGAAUGUGAUCAGGGCAAAUCUAGCACCAUCGUUCUAUCAUGUAUAAAUUUAUCUUGU